AUGUGGCGUGUGUGGUGCCCUUGGGUCUUUUUGCUGAGCGCUUCGGCGGCCCAAGUGGACCCAGGGCUCUCCAAGCGCUGCGUGCGGCGCGCACAUGGGUUGAACCUCACGCAGUUCCAGGUCUUGUCAACGAAGCACUUUCAGCAAGGUGAGCAGAUGGGCAUCCUGAACGCCCCUUUGCAUCCAGACCUCUUGGAGUUGGCCAAGGUGAUUUGGCUCCGGCGAGAGGUCUUGCUGGAUGGCACGGGGUGCCCUGCAGCAGUGGUGAUUGCGGCUGUGAUGUUCAUGCUCCAUGACAUCAAGUUUGCCUUUGCCUCCAGAAACAACCUGGAGCACGAAGGGCUCUUCCACCGCCUGUCCCGAUUGCAGAAGGAGAUGCUGCUGGGGAUGGGAUUGAGCCAUCAGACUGAUGGCUCAUGGCCGUUCUCGGAGGCUGCACGAGCGUACACCGAAAUUGUACAAUGGCUCAACGAGCGGGUUGCUGCGUCCAGGCCGCAGUGGGACCCAGAGCCAGUGGACACCAGUGAUGAAGCACAUACUCAGGCUUUGGAAGACGUGAGCGUGAUCUUGGAAGAGGAAGGCUUGGACUGGUUUCCCUACAGUGGCACCUUGAUCGCCCUGCUCCGCCACGGCCUCCGCUCCGGCCACCUGGAUGCGGUGCGCGACGUCGUGGACCACGACGUGGACGUCCUGGUGGGGGUCACCUCUGCCGAGGCUUGGCAAACGGUACGCUGGAAUAUCCUCCACAAGCUGGAGCAACGUGGCUGGGACAACUGCUUUUCUCGCACUUCGGUGGAUGCUCCAAGUGGAGACCCGAAGGCCGCACUGGCUCGGGAAGACCUGUUGCUUUGCACCAGGACGAAUCCAAGAAUCUCACUGGACAUGGGUAGCUACAUUCUUGGAGAUCGAAGCAUCUAUGUCCAGCGCUACUGCGUUGGGGAUGUCAUGGGGCAGGACUGGGGCUGCUACAUCCCCCGCCUAGGCACCCUCCGCACGCGCGGCGGCCGCCUGCCGCGCGCCGCGAUCUACCCGCUCCAGCGCUGCAAGUGUGGCAGCUUCUCGGUGCCGUGCCCGGCCCGGCCACUGGAGGUGCUGAAAGCGACCAUGCCGGGUUGGAACUUCAGCGAGCACUGCCUGCCCCUGCCAGACAUCGCCCAGCGACGGGCCCGGCGCGAUGGGAGCGAGGCGGAUCAGGCGGAUGAGGAGGAUUCGUGGGUGGCGGAGGGGCUCACUGCUGAGGAUGUCCAAGUCUUGAGAGACAGAGCGGUGGAGCUGGAGAAGGCUGGCUAUAUGUCAAUGCUGCCGUACUUCAGCACCUGCGAUGCAACUUCUGUAGAGAAAAAGGUUGGAUAUCCCGGAUAUUGUCAGGAUGGGUGCGACAGGUUUUCUGGCUAA